CUCUCUCUCUCUCUCCCCCCCCCCCUCUGAGCCAUAGCCAGAACCACAGAGCAGCAGCCAUGACUUCAUCUUCAUCUGUUACUCUGUCCCAGGCCCUCCUGGCCCGAGCCAUUUCCCACCACGGCUCCAACUCCACGUCCGACCGGGUCUCCCUCUCCACAACCCUCACACUCCCCACUUUCUCCGGCCUCAAAUCAGCUUCUUCUUCGUCAUCACCGUCGUCUUCCCGCCUCCCCCGCCGCCGGCUUGGGGCCAACCGGCCGGUCCGGGCUGCCGCGGUCGAGACUCUGGACAAGACCACGGAGACGUCGUUGGUGGAGAAGUCGGUGAAUACGAUCCGGUUCUUGGCGAUUGACGCUGUGGAGAAGGCCAAUUCGGGUCACCCGGGUUUGCCCAUGGGAUGUGCUCCAAUGGGUCAUAUUUUGUACGACGAAGUCAUGAGGUACAACCCCAAGAACCCCUACUGGUUCAACCGUGACCGGUUCGUGUUGUCUGCUGGACACGGAUGUAUGUUGCAGUAUGCUCUGCUGCACCUUGCCGGAUACGACAGUGUAAAGGAAGAAGAUUUGAAGAGUUUCCGUCAAUGGGGAAGCAAGACCCCUGGACACCCUGAGAACUUUGAGACACCCGGUGUUGAAGUCACAACCGGUCCCUUGGGGCAAGGUAUUGCGAAUGCUGUUGGUUUGGCUCUUGCUGAGAAGCACUUGGCUGCACGUUACAACAAGCCAGACAGUGAGAUCGUUGACCACUACACUUAUUGUAUAUUGGGUGAUGGCUGUCAAAUGGAGGGUAUUUCAAAUGAAGCUGCUUCUCUUGCAGGACACUGGGGGCUUGGGAAGCUGAUAGCCUUCUAUGAUGACAACCACAUUUCCAUUGAUGGAGACACUGAGAUUGCGUUCACCGAAAGUGUUGACACCCGUUUUGAGGGUCUUGGGUGGCAUGUUAUCUGGGUGAAGAAUGGAAACACUGGGUAUGAUGAGAUUCGAGCUGCCAUUAAGGAAGCGAAGGCUGUCACGGACAAACCCACUUUAAUAAAGGUGACAACCACCAUUGGUUUUGGAUCCCCAAACAAAGCAAACUCAUACAGUGUUCAUGGUGCUGCACUUGGUUCCAAGGAAGUUGAUGCUACCAGGAAGAACCUUGGAUGGCCAUAUGAGCCUUUCCACGUGCCAGAGGAUGUUAAAAGUCACUGGAGCCGCCAUACCGCUGAAGGUUCUGCACUUGAAGCUGAAUGGAAUGCCAAGUUUGCAGAAUAUGAGAAGAAGUACGCAGAGGAAGCUGCAGAGCUGAAGUCCAUCGUUAAGGGUGAGCUACCUGCUGGUUGGGAAAAAGCACUCCCGAGGUACACUCCUGAGUCCCCAGCUGACGCUACCCGAAAUUUAUCUCAAGCGAACCUUAAUGCCCUUUCGAAGGUUCUUCCUGGUCUUAUUGGUGGAAGUGCAGAUCUUGCUUCUUCUAACAUGACUUUACUGAAAAGUUUUGGAGACUUCCAGAAGAAUACCCCAGAAGAGCGCAAUGUAAGGUUUGGUGUAAGAGAGCAUGGAAUGGGAGCCAUCUGCAAUGGGAUUGCCCUUCACAGCCCUGGCCUGAUUCCUUACUGUGCCACUUUCUUUGUUUUCACUGACUACAUGAGAGCUGCUAUAAGGAUCUCUGCCUUGUCAGAAGCUGGAGUUAUCUAUGUUAUGACCCACGAUUCAAUUGGGCUUGGAGAAGAUGGACCAACCCAUCAACCGAUUGAGCACCUGGCAAGUUUCCGGGCAAUGCCCAACAUUUUGAUGCUCCGCCCAGCUGAUGGGAAUGAGACUGCUGGGGCAUACAGGGUUGCGGUCCUUAACAGGAAGAGACCAUCCAUCCUUGCCCUCUCUCGCCAAAAGUUGCCCAAUCUUCCUGGAACUUCCAUUGAGGGAGUCGAGAAGGGAGGCUACACAAUAUCAGACAACUCUUCCGGUAACAAGCCAGAUGUGAUUUUGACGGCAACUGGAUCUGAGUUGGAAAUUGUUGCCAAAGCUGGUGAUGAGCUCAGAAAAGAAGGGAAGACAGUUAGAGUUGUCUCCCUUGUUUCUUGGGAACUAUUUGAUGAUCAAUCAGAUGACUACAAGGAAAGUGUCUUGCCGGCUGCGGUAACAGCUAGGGUUAGCCUUGAGGCUGGAUCAACAUUCGGGUGGCACAAGAUUGUUGGAAGCAAAGGAAAGGCGAUUGGAAUCGAUAAAUUUGGGGCGAGUGCACCGGCUGGAAAAAUAUACAAGGGGUAUGGCAUCACUGUUGAGGCAGUUGUUGCAGCAGCAAAAGAAGUUAGCAGUUAAGAUAACUGGUUAUUUCGCAGAUUUGGUUUUGGUUGGGGAUCAUCAUCAGGGUAAAGAGGUCAUAUUCUUGUGAUUUAUUUCACGGGUACGGUCUCUUCUGUUUUAAUAAUAAAAAUAAUUUCGUUUUUCACGAUGUUGCGUAUAAUUCUUGAAUGAAAGCAACAUAGAUCAAAAAGAGAGAGAGAGAGAGAGAGAGAGAGAGAGAGAGAGGGUUAGGGUCAUGUAUUUUGUAACAGCUCUUGGACCAAUCUUGAGUUUUGUAAUGCUGUGUGGUUAAAUUAUUGAGUUUCACUUUUUCCA